CGCACUUACUCAUAUUUUUCAGUCACACUCAACAAACAAACAACAUAAUAAGGAAAUGAAUAGAAUGGGACCAGUUAUCGGUUUAUAAAAUUGAUCUGGAAGCCGGCACUGUUCUGCAACAAAAAACUUUGCUUGGACGCCAAACGAGAGAUGCGUGGCAGUUCCAAUAAAAGUUGCAUUUGAACGACAAAUGUCACAAUGACUCCUAAGCUCGCUGACUGCGUUAACUUUGAGCGUUUUACCACAUCCAUCUCCGAUACUGAUCGUGAAGUUAACUUUGCUGGAUUGAACCUAUUUGUCUCAGUUAAAGUAAUUCAAUCGUUCCCUGUACCCCAGCAAAUUGCAAAUUAAAACCCAGCUCCAGAAGUACUCAACCUUCCACAUCUGGAAGCAAAACUCUGUAGGAAAUGUUGAAAUCCGCGGGGAGUGCAAGAACUUUUCAAUCAGUUUUCCCACCUAAAAUUGUGUAUUCAAACUGUUUUAAUUUCAGAGGACAACAUCUGGAAGUUGCUGGAAUAUGAGGCAACUCUCAAAUUUGCUUUGCUGAAAAAUCGAUUUGAAUCAUAUCUUCUUUUCAACACCAAUCUGUCUGUAAUAGGAAAAUUCAAAGCUUGUGUCAAAUUUGAGAUAACCAUGUUGGAGGAAGAAGGAACUCGCUCACUAAACACCUACGCAAAGGUUAAACACGUUGUCAUCCGCCCCACCUUGAAAGAAUUGCCUCCAGUCUUCCAGGUUAAAAUAUAAGAAAAACACAUCAGUACUUGUAGAUAAUCACUUACCAUCAGUUUCUCUUAUUUAUCACAUUCCAAUUAUAAUUUGGCUUUAUCUCCGCGCUAUUUUUGUAUUCAAUGUUCAUCACUUUCCUAUCACCACAUCCCUUUACUAUCGCGGUUUUUUUCAAAUGUCUACAAACUCACACAUUUGUUAUUCCCUUUCCCAUCACUACGUUCGAGUUAGCUUCUGUAAUCUAAAAUCAUCAGACUACGGGAACGUCUUUCAGUCGAAAGGCUAUAUCUUCUACCCCCAGUCAAUACGAGCACCCACACAUAGAACCGUAUUAUUAUCUUGUUAUGUAACCUGAAUAAAAGAAAUAAUCUUUA